CCAAAACAAUCGAGCAAUUAAGUCUAAAUUUUCGUGAAAUUUGUGGCUAAAAAACCAAAAAAACCUGCAAAAAUGCCGCCAAAAAGGAAGAACGACGCCGGAGACACAACAACAAAACAAAAACCGAAUGGCGUACAAACGGAUAACGAGAUAUUUAUGCAAGCGUUCGAAAAGCCUACACAAAUUUAUCGAUAUUUGAGAACGAGAAAUAUGAUAUUGCCGAUUUUUCUCAACAGAAACCUGACUUAUAUGAAAAGUUUGAUGUCUCGUACCCACAAAAAACGAAAAGACUUUAAAAUUGACAGCAUUUUAGGCACUGUAGAAGCGAAAGAGCGAAAAAUAAACGGACUUGCACUACCAAACAAGUAUCUUUCGUUGCUUUUUACGGGAUUUUACAUCAAGGAGAUCGAAGAAAUGCAGCAAAAUCCGGGACACGUAAAAGUCGAAGUAAUUCUCGUAAAAAAUGCUCACAAUAAAAGGAAGGAAACAUCAGCGGCGGUUCAAACAACGAUCGGAUCUGUCGUUGUCGCUGUAAAUCCGAGUGAAAUUGGCGUUGAUCGAAGCAAAAUUCCCGCAAUUAGCAUCCCCGUCGAACAAUUUGACACAAAUAGUCCCUCGCCGGCGACUCAUACGCUCAUUUUCAAGAUCGAACAUUGCCCGGAGGCGUUUUUGACGAAUGGCAUGGACGACGUGAAAAAGAUGAAAAUGGGUUAUAAGGCUUACAGCGUUGAACUUUUUGUCACAGACAAGGUGCGAUGUCUCUUGGAGGACGGGGAAUACGAUUUGACGGUGCAGGACGUGACAAAUUUGAAUUAUAAAUUCUCGCCGAAGAAACUCACGGGCUUGGUAUGGGAAACGUUCGAGUAUGGGUUCAUCGAGGGCGAAGAUUUCAAGUACGAUGAGGUGUUUAACAAGGAACCAACACUCAAAUUUCAUCUGCAAUGGACCAAAGAGGGUGUUGCGGGACUCGUUGAACGUCCUUUGCCCAUCACGGCAUGUUCGCAAGACGCAAAUAAGGAAAAUCAACCGAACGGAUGCGAUGCAAACUUCAAAAAUAACAACAAUGGCAUGGAAAUUUCGAAAACUGAAACGGAAGAUGCCGACAAAAAAGUUCGAAUUUUCUACCAUUUUGUCUACAACAACAAUUCGCGUCAACAAACCGAAGAUAUUCGCUCGGAUUAUCGCUGCCCGUGGUGUUGCUUGAAUUGCAUCAAUUUAUACGCCCUGCUGAAACACUUGAAACUCUGUCAUCCACGUUUUGCAUUCACCUACGUCCCAAUUCCGGAUGGCACGCGAAUCGAUGUUGCUGUUGACGACACCUAUGACGCCUCUUAUACGGGAUCUCCGCAUGAUUUGCUCACUUCGGGCGGAUUUUCACGUAAUGCAGGACCAAUAAGACGCUCGUCAGUGACUAAUAUCCUCGUUUGUCGCCCAAGACGCCCGAAACCGAGCUUAAGUGAGUUCUUGGAAAUGGAUGAGAACGAAUUCGAAUCUCAACGACCUUAUAUUUCGGGUCAUAAUCGACUUUAUCAUCACACGAUGACUUGUUUGCCGGUGUUGCCGAAGGAAUUAGACAUCGAUUCGGAGGGAGAAUCGGACCCGAAUUGGUUGAAACAUAAAACGACGCAGAUGAUUGACGAAUUUACGGAUGUCAAUGAGGGAGAAAAAGAGAUAAUGAAGCUGUGGAAUUUGCAUAUCAUGAAAUAUGGCUUUGUUGGAGACUGUCAAAUAGCAUUAGCAUGUGAGAUGUUUGUUGACGAACAUGGAAAAGAUUUACUCGAGCGGAAUCUCUAUCGAAAUUUUAUUCUUCAUUUGAGUUCUUUGUUUGACUUUGGACUGAUUUCGCCCGAAAAUAUGUAUACUGCAGUGCAAAAGAUUCAGCGAAUUUUGAACGAACAAGAGGAAGCACGUACCCAAAUGACGAAACGCAACGAGGAACAAGCCGAAUACUGGAAAACAACGGGAAUAAUCAAGCAUCAGCAAAAAUUAGCCGAGGAACAAAAGAAGAAGGAAAAGGAACAAGCGGAGAAAAAAGAACUUGAGGACAAAAAACUCAUCGUAACUGCCACAGAUUUCGUGCGAGCGAUAACCUCAACGCCAUCCAGCACCAAAAAUGUCACUGCCACAGUAAAGACAACCACAACGGUCACACCUGUCGCUCCUGCAACGCCCAACAGCAAAAGUAACGGUACUCCGAAUUCACUUAGAGAUAGCAAAUCAAGUACUUCUACUAACAAAAAUGCAUCAAAUGCUAAUAAUAAAAACGCAACUAACACCAAAUCAUCCGCCGCUAACACGCGAAAUAGCACGGGCAACGUAACUAACGGGCAGCGAGGCGCAAAGAAACGCAAAAUUGUAGAUGAAGACGAAAAAGAAGAAGAAGAAGGAGUUUCCCGCGUAAUUCGUCGUCGAAGUGCUGGCGCAAUUCAAAGGACGACAAGCAGAGCAAAAGUCACAGAUAUUCACAAAAAAUUCCUCAAUUCGAGACGUCGUUCGGCAUGUCGCCAACACUCAUCCGCUAAAGAAUCGACAGAUUUGACAGAUUUACUCCCCAAAAAUGCAUUUCCAAAGAUUGUGUUGACACGCAAAUCGCUGACGAACACAAACGUGGGCAACGGAGCCUCGAUAAAGACUCGCAAAUCCGCGGGAAAGUAACGAAUUUGACGAGAAAUUUAAUUUUUCUGUAAAUAUUUUGUGUUGUCGCAGACGUUUUUAGACUUUUCUCUCGGUUGAUUGCUUUUUUAGACUUUAUGACUUUUUUUUGUUUUAUUUACAGGCACUUGCAAUCAAAAGUUUAGUUAAUUUUUUUUUUCUUAUCAAGUAUUAUAUAUUUUUGUAACCAUAAAAAAUAAUUAGUUAACCAUUUUUUUUUAUUUCUUUAAUUUUACAAAAUAAAAAAUUAUUGUAUACACCAUAUUUUUAGAACGUUUAG